AUGUAUCCACUGAGGCUGCGCGUGUCGGUGGACGGCGUCGCCGCCCCGCUGCUCGACAUGGAGGCCAGCAGGUCCUCGCUGCUGUGCGAGGUGAAACAGGACGCCUGCAAGCUCUGCGGCAUCCCAGAUCACGUAGACCAGGUGGUGAUCUCCCACCGCUUCAGCGAGACCAUCCCCUGGGCCGCGGGCCACGAGCGCACCACGCUGCACGGGCUGGGCUUCAUCGACGGGCACCGCCUGCAGCUGCGGCCGCCGCGGCGCGGCCGGGGGCUCGCCCUCGGCCUCGCGGCGUGGCAGGGCCGCUGGGCGCGGGGCGGCCGCGGGGCUCGACCGGCGGACGGGCCAGCGCCCGUGGGCCUGCAGAACCUAGGGAACACGUGCUACAUGCGGAGGGAAGAGUACAGCCAGACCGAGUGUUUGCUCGCCGCGCCGCUGCUGCCAGAGUACUUCCGCGGGCGGCAGUACGAGCAGGACCUCAACACGACGGCAGCGCUGGGUUCCCGGGGGCAGUUGGCCCAGGCCUUUGCGAGAUUAGUGUGGGAGGUGGAGGAGUGCGCGAAGCGGGGCUCCGGGCCAGUGCGGCCACAGCAGUUCAAGGACAUUGUGUCCAGCUUCAAGGAGCAGUUUCAGGGGUUCGAGCAGCACGACGCGCAGGAGUUUCUGAACGUCCUACUGGAGGGGCUGAGCGAAGACCUGAACAGGACAAUUCACCAAGCCCUACGUGGAGAUGAAGGACUCGGCUGGCCGACCAGACGAGGUGGUUGCCGAGGAGUUCUGGACCGUCCACUGUCGCCGCGAGUGCUCGGUCGUGACGGCGCUGUUCUCGGGGCUGUUCAGGUCUGUGCUGCGCUGCACGCGCUGCGGCCACACGAGCACGGUGUUCGAGCCCUUCACCUGCCUGCAGCUGCCGCUCCCAGAGCACAGGUACCGGUGGGUCACCUGCUACGUGUCGGACUGCGGCGCAGCCCAGCAUCGACCAGCACACGGUGA